AAAGAGGAUCUAGCAAAUUCCUCUUUAGUUCGUUAAAGUUAUCUUUGUGUGGACUACAUUGAUUCGAUCCUAUACUUGGGUCGAUAGCGAAAUCUGUUCAGAGACAAAUUUGGAGGAGCCUCCAAACAUGUGAAUUGAGGGUUAUCCUUGUCAUUUCCCUGCUCCGGACUUGAAAUCUUUCUUCAUAAAUUUUGCCCUUAAUUGGAGAAUGAAUACUGUUGCCUUGAGUAUUCUCUUUGAAAGAGUUGAACUCAUCGUAAGAGUUGAACUCAUCGUUUCCUUCUGAAAUUUUCUUCUUGAAGCUGCGAAUUGAAUCCAGGUCCAAAUUAAAAGAGUCUGUAAAAGCGCUUUCUUCUUACGCGCCAAUGGAUUCUGUUUCUACUGUGAAUGAGGAAGCUGCAUCAGGCACCAGAUGCGAAUUUAAUCAACGUUUGCACAAAGCUGCAGCAAAAGGUGAUAUCCAACCGUUCACGGAAAACAAUCAACGUCUUGAUCUCAUAGUAACACCAAUUAAGAAUACAAUCUUGCAUAUUCACAUCAUAUCUCCAAUCCGAACCCCAAAAUCAACAGAGUUCGUGACACAAAUACUUGACAAAUGUUCAUCACUUCUACUACAAGUGAAUGCAAAUGGGGAUACACCACUACAUGUUGCGGCAAGAUAUGGGCAUUCUGGUAUAGUGAAAGUUCUUAUCGAACGCGCAAAAAGUCAAAAUGAUGAUUUAGAAAGUGGGCUAGGAGCAGAAGGUUCCAAGCAGCUGAUGCUGAGGAUGAGCAACAAGAAGGGAAAUUCGGCCUUGCAUGAGGCAGUGCGGAAUGACCACAUCGAUGUGGUGAAAAUCUUAACCAAAGAAGAUCAAGAGUUUUCGCAUUAUGCAAAUGAUUUGGGCGAAACUCCGCUUUUCAUUGCUGCUGAGAGAGGAUGUCUCUUGUCAUUGACUAAAAUAUUAAAAAGAUGCAAGUCAGCCGCCCCCGAAGGCCCCUAUGGAAGGACUGCUUUGCAUGUUGCAGCCAUGAAGUACCAUCUAGGAAUUACAAAAGAAUUACUUAUGAAAAGAAAGAGUUUGGCAACAGAGAUAGACCAAUAUGGAUGGACUCCACUUCAUUAUGCUGCAUAUUACGGUUGUUUUGACAUUGCAAUGUUGCUUUUACACUCUGAUACAUCUGCUGCAUAUGUUGGUGAUAAAGAACGAAUGAUGACACCUCUUCAUAUGGCAGUCAGCCAAACACAUCCUUAUCCUGGUUGGGCACCUAAGAGUCACAGAGCCCAGCAUGCAAAGAUAAUAACAGAAAUUAUAUCCCGAUGUCCAGAUUGUUGUGAAAUGGUUGACAGCCAGGGAUGGAAUGUUCUUCACUUUGCCAUGACUAAGUUAACAGUUAAACAGUUGAAUACUUUGCUAAGAAAUUCAAUUUUAAGGGAUCUUAUUAUUGAGAAGGAUACCAAAGGAAACAAUCCUAUCAAUGUGCUAGCCGCAUGUCGUCCAAGGGUAAUCCCUAAAAUACUGAAAAGCUUUACAGGUGUCAGAUACCGUUAUGCCAACAACAACAAAGCUUAUUAUCUCGAUGGCGUGCAAGAAACCGAGCAUCUUCAGCUACAGCAAGAAAUCCUAAAAUUGUCAACUUUUAAUGGUAUUGGACCAUAUCGACAUGGAAUUAUUCGUAAAGAUUCGAAGUGGAUAUUCGAAAUGCUCCCUAGAUAUGAGAAAACAACAGAUACCGAAAUGGUGGUUGCUGCACUCAUAGCAACAGUAACUUUCACAGCAGCUUUAACAAUGCCCGGCGGCUAUAAAAGUGAAACAGGCACCGAUCAAGGCACGGCAUUGCUAAGUAAAAAAGCUGCAUUUAAAGCUUUUAUUAUAACAGAUGCUAUGGCCAUGGUAUUUUCCCUUUUGGCAGUCAGUCUCCACUUCUAUUCAUCAUGGAACCUGCACAAACAUUGGCAAUAUCGUAAGCAGACCCGUCCGAUCAUCACGUGUGCGAUAAUGUCAAUGGUGGUCGCUUUUUCUACAGGCACUUAUGCGGUAUUAUCACCUUCUUUGGGGAUUUCCAUUGCCACUUGUUUAGUCGGCUUAAGCUUCUUCGUCCUGUUUAUUUGCAUAGACAUCAGGUUGACGAGGAAGGGGGUUAGAAUAAAUAGAGCUUAAUUUGCAAUAGUGAGAAAGCUCAAUGAUGUUGUUGUCCUACAUUUGCAAUUGUAUUUUGUUAUAAUAAUCGAAAGAAAAUGUUAAGAGGUACCCUUUUGGAGUUAUGUUUCAUUGCAAUUUACAGACU